AUGGUGAUCAAAGUUUACGUUUCUCGUGUUUCUGGUAGUCUUGAUAUCAGGAAGAAACAGGAGUUUAUUCGGUCCGUUCUGCAGGGAAAGAAGAUUUCAUUCGAAGAGGUGGACAUAUCUGAUGCUGCCAACGAGUCUGAAAAACUUUUUAUGAGAGAACACGGAGAACCAUCUGCCAAUGAGAAGAAUGUUCUGCCACCUCAGAUAUUCAACAACAGUGUUUACUGUGGUGGUUAUGAAGCAUUUCAUGAAGCCAAUGAAGAUAACGAACUGAAGAAAUUUCUAAACUCUAUUAAAAGUUUGAAAAUUGCCAUUUUAUUUUCAGUGAACCUGCUGCGUACUUUCAAAGGCUUCCUAAUCGUUAAUUAG